UAUGAGCCCAUCCCAUCUACUAUGAGUGGUUGCAUCUGUCUCGCAAGCCAGAUACAGUAUCUGGUAGGUGGCCUAGGUCCGCACAGCUAUGUUUGACAGCUAUGCACAGACCCUCGAUGCUGCUUGCAUCCUAUGUCGAGCCCCUUACAUAUCACUCUAGGUCUUGCAGGCUCGCUCCGCCAUCGCCCCACGUCCUGCCGAAUGGGCACUCUCCCAGUCACCUCCAGUUCUCUGGCCGCUACGGUCGGCGCGUGCUAUGUAGGCACUAUUCUCGCUUCGAUACUGUACGGGAUAACGUCUAUACAGACCCUCACGUUCUUCCGCUUUUACCCUGAUGAUCCACGGUGGCUGAGAAUUACGGUUGGCUUUUUGUGGGUCCUGGACACGCUUCACCUCGCUUUCAUCGGACACGCUGUGUAUAUAUACGUCAUCACCGACUUUGGUAACAUGCAAGCCAUUGACCAGCCUCUCUGGAGCAUGACGGCACAUGUUUUGCUCUCCAACCUCAGCGACUUUUUGGUGAGAGGCGUCUUCUCGUACCGCAUCUGGAGAGUGAGCGUACAUUACCGCGUCUGGAGGGUGGUUACCAUCGGAGCGACCUCGCUUGUGGUAUUCGGGAGUGCUUGCGCAUUCUCGGCUUGGGGCUUCACGUCCGCGGAAUACGUGUUCGAGCAGCGAGAGCUCUCCAUCUUCAUAUAUACCAAUCUGGCAUUAAGUAUGGUCGCAGACGUACUCAUCGCCGUCUUCUUUUCUUCGAUCCUGCAGCGACGCCGUACAGGCAUGCCGACAACCGAGUAUAUUAUAGAUUAUUUGAUGAUCUACAGCAUCAGCACCGGUCUUCUGACAACCCUCUGCACCUUGUUGUGUGUUCUCCUGUACGCUCUGCUUCCUGUCCCGAUGAAAUUCGCCUUCGUCGCGAUAUACUUCAUCCUCCCCAAGCUACUUCUGAACUCCCUGCUCGCUACGCUGAACAUACGCAAGUGCACUUCGGCGACCUCACCGAGCGAGUGCGCUGCAACCACCGCGACCCGCCGGGAACCACGCGCCGCCAAUUCUCCGUCUACCGCGGGGCUUGGAUGUAUGCACCGUCGUAGGGAGAGAGCGAGUUUCUUUGAUGCCGUGAGUCGGUCGGGACGUGUCAUUUGUAUCACUGUCGAGAGAGAUGUGGAAAAGGUCGCCGAUUACCCUCAUCAGGACCCAGUACGUACGGCUCGACGUUAUGAGCGGCUCGCACUCAUUCGUCACUAGGAAACGACUGGCGAGCCGGGCACGUCAACCA